CAAGUUCCCUUCAUCAACACAGCUCAUCUUGACCUCCCAUGCCAAACCUCUGCAUUCAUAGAAAAAAAGCUGCAAUAGGAAAUCAUGCAGGACUCUACCCAACAAAAUGAGCAACUGGAUUGCAAUGCUUUAAUUGUGCUUUUUAAAAGUAGACACAUAUUUUUAGAUGCUGCACAACAGGAGAUUGGUCAGAGCGUUUCUGUAUUUCAUUGAAAAAAAAAAAAGGGACGAGAUCAGAACCAUCUGCAUUUCUUUUUCUCUCCCUCUCUCUCUCUCUCUCUCACAUACACGCACACACACAUACACACACGUUACAAGUGGCUCUUGUGCCUGCAGACAGAUUCUGCUGCUACUGCUGCAUUCUAUGCUGUUCCCUUGGAAUACUAAAAUAUCAAAGUGUUUCUUGCUAAAAUAUAUACACCGGAUGUAACUGGUGUGCCUAAGGAAAAUAAGAUGCAUCGCUUAACAGAUCCAGACGUGAGCUGUAUUUGUGAUGAGUGGAUACAAGCAGAAACAGGCAGCGACCAUUGUUUCAUCGAGGUCAAGCCCAUUCUGGAGAGUUGGUCAAUAUUAAUGUCUUAAAACCUCAGAAAAUAAGUAUUGAACAAGAAGGAAGAAUAUUCUACCACCCAAUAUCAAGGUGUCCUGAUGGUUACAGGAAGUGCCGGCAAUUGAAAAGUUGACAGUAUCUGUAAACUAAAAAGGAUCUUAAUCAUCCGACAAUGUUCUUCAAGUGGAAUGUGUGAUUUGCAUCUGUUGACCGCAGGAAAAUUGGACAUAUUAAUGUUAACAUUUGUGGCAUUAGUGGGAAAAGUUUUACGUAAAAACAAGCUUUCGGCCGACUCAAUAUUAUUCAUCUGACUAGUUCUCGAGGAUUUUGUUGAUAAACAUUAGCUAUGGCUGCCGCUAUAGCUAGCUCUUUGAUUAGACAGAAAAGACAAGCCCGGGAAAGAGAAAAAUCCAAUGCAUGCAAAUGUGUUAGCAGCCCCAGCAAAAACAAAGGGAACUGCGAGAAAAAUAAACUCAAUGUCUUUUCUCGGGUCAAACUGUUCAGCUCCAAAAAGAGGAGAAGAAGGAGACCAGAACCUCAGCUUAAAGGUAUAGUGACUAAAUUAUACAGCAGGCAAGGGUACCACUUGCAACUACAGGCAGAUGGCACCAUCGAUGGAACAAAAGAGGAGGAGAGCAUAUACACUUUGUUUAACCUUAUACCAGUUGGUUUACGAGUGGUGGCAAUUCAAGGUGUUCAAACUAAAUUAUAUUUGGCGAUGAACAGCGAAGGAUACUUGUACACAUCAGAACAUUUCACACCUGAAUGCAAAUUCAAAGAGUCGGUAUUUGAAAACUACUAUGUGACAUAUUCUUCGAUGAUCUACAGACAACAACAAUCUGGGAGGAGUUGGUUUCUGGGUCUCAACAAAGAAGGUGAAAUUAUGAAGGGGAAUCACGUAAAGAAAAAUAAACCAGCAGCUCACUUUCUGCCAAAACCAUUAAAAGUGGCUAUGUACAAAGAACCUUCACUUCAUGAUCUAACAGAGUUUUCCAGAUCUGGUAGUGGAACUCCAACAAAAAGCAGAAGUGUCUCUGGAGUUUUAAACGGGGGUAAAUCUAUGAGCCAAAAUGAGUCAACGUAGCCAGUUGUACAUCGUAUCGGUGGCUACAUUAUUUACAGUAAAUGGAACCUUACCUCUGGAUGCUGUUGAAUUCUUACAAGCAGUCUUUCAUCUAAAAAAAAAAUCGAUUAUUUAGGACAAGCACCGAACUUGCAUAAAUCAUUCACGUCAGUCAUUAGAUCUCUGGGUUUUCACCAGAUCCCAUUGUUUUAGAAUGUGCUUUUUGCAUCUCAGAAGGCACCUGGAUAGCCAGCAAAACAUAUUGUGGAAUAAAGCAUAGAGAGGACAUGCUCUUUGCUCUCUGUUUAUAUCACCUAUGCUUUGUGGAUAACCAAACUGAAACAUUUCACCGAACUCAAUGCAGUCAAGAAUUUGCUUUCCAACCAAGAAUAAAAAGACCACUUUUACUCUUUAAAGAAAAAAAAUUACUGCUUACAUGUUUUAUAGGGGCGAGCAUAAAAAAUGUAAAUCUGUUUGUUUUCUUGGCUUAAAGUUUUAUAUAUAAGCUUGAUUAUAUGUAUAAUUCAUUUUGACAAAAAAAAGUGCAACACUUUGAUUUUCACAGAUAAUGAACUCUGCUGGGUAUUUAAUGCUGGGUCUAAAUGCCGAACUCAGAUCAGAACGGAGGUAGCAUUUGAGACUCAAGUAAACAGUGUUUCUGCAAUUUAAAA